AGGUAUAAUUUUAAGGUAUAAUUUAAUAGUAAAUGAAGGAGUAGUGUUGAAAAUCCGAAAGUAUAUGGACUUAGCCAUAUUGGGUGACUACAAAUCGCAUUUUUUUCUGACGUUGGAAUAUAUUUAGGGAAUAAUAGAUUGGGUGGUCUAAUCCCAUUUUUGAUGGCGAAUUCAGAAAUCUCACACCUCCAAAUGGGACAACAGUGGACCCAAAAGUAUAUGGACUUAACCAUAUUGGGUGAAAAUGAAUUCAAAUCGGAAUUUUUUUACUUUUGCUUAAUUCAGAGUUACUUGCGAGCGAUUAUUACUCGCUCGAGGAAGCGAUCAAAAAGUGAGAGCGAUUGCUCCAGUUUCGCUUUCCGAUCGAAUUCGUGCAAGAAACACAGAGUAUGUUUAAGCUCUGCUUAGCAUAUUUUAUCGUUAAAUUAUUUUUUGUAAAGGAAGAAAAGAUUGAAGACGCGUAUUUGAAAAUGAAUCUAUAAUAAUUAUUAGUCCCAAUUUUUUUUUUUUACUUUAAUUUUACGUAUUCUUCAAUAGAUGUAAAAUAACCCUCUCUAUAAAACAAAACUUAAAACUUAUUUUAUUAGUUAAUUUUUUAAAAUUUCGUUGAAAGUUUUUUUUUUAGUUCAACAUGUUUUCCCUAGUAAAGUUUGACAAUGACGGUGACUUCUAUGUUGUCAAAACAAAAGACGUGAAGCAUCACAAUUCCGACAAUUGUAUUGUAAAGUAUAAAGGCUGUUCGUACUCCGCAAUUUUCAUUAAAGCUGACGAUAAUAAAGAAAAUCUUGAAGAGAAGAAACAAAGUGAGAAUUUAAUGGGGACAAUAAACGCGGAGAAUCAAGAAACACAAAUAGCACCAAGAAUUCCUGCGAGCCGUGGUCGUGCUUAUCAAAAUAUUUCACCGUCGACAAUGUUAUACAUGAAAGAGUAUAUAAAAAAUCUACCUCCACUAGGAUCAAACAGAUCAGAUAAAGAGCCUAUGUCUUCAGUCACUAUACAUGGUGAAAAUAACGCAUCGGAUUCGGAAGAGAAUAAUACGACAGAUUUUUCAUCUUUUGAAACUAUAUCAAGAGUACAAUUUGAUUUAUCAAGAUUAUUUAAAUUCUCCUUGAUCACAUAUGACGAUUCAGAAUUUUGUGUCGUAAAUUCCAAAUCUAUAACACAAAUCCAAGGAGGUACGUGUGUGGUGAAAUGUAAAGGCGGAAAAUAAAUAAAACAGCUAUUGAAGAUAGAGAAAACAAAAAAAGAUCUAAGAAGGAAGAUUUGCCAAACAAAAAAGAUAUCAAACAACUUUAUGAUUUUCUAAGAACCAAAAUGGUACAUUCUAUAGCUACAUUAACUAAACAAUUUAUCUUUGAAGAUUGGAAAAAUCUUUUGGAAACUACUCUAAUAUGUCUACAAGUGUUCAAUCGACGACGAGCCGGUGAGAUCGAGAGAAUAACUAUUGAAAACUACAAUAAGAAGGAAACUAUUACUGACAAUAUAGAAGCUGGAUUUCUUGAUAAUAUUUCUAACCAAUCUUUUGAAUUCGCUAAACAGUAUGUAAGAAUUACCCUAAGAGGCAAAUUAGGACGUACUGUCAGCAUAUUGCUGGAUCCUUUAAGUAGAAAGGCAGUUGACCUUAUAUUAAAGCAUCGCAAUAGUGCCGGAAUCCCGAAAUCAAAUCACUAUAUUUUCUCGGCUCCCGGAUCAUCAGGAGUAUCAAAAAAAUAUAUAAGAGCUUGCCCGUUAUUACGCAAGUUUGCCUUAGAGUGUGGGGCUACUAUUCCUCACACAUUAAGAGGAACUAAAUUAAGGAAGCAUAUAGCAACGUAUACAGCUUUGCUAAACGUUGAAGAAGCCACAGUGGAUAAGCUAGCAAAUUUUCUUGGGCACCAUAAGGAUAUACACAAAAGUAUUUAUAGAGUAUCGGUACCAAUGGCGGAAAUCACUACAGUGUCCAAGAUUUUGCUGUCAGCUGCUGGUUGUAGGAAUGAGGAAAACUCCGAAAAUAAUAGUUUUGAUAAUCUUCGUGGAAACAUAUCUUCCGAAUCUGAGUCAUCAUUUGAUGAAUCAGACAAUAUUACAUAUGGCGCAAAUUUGGUAAAAAAGAAAAUUAGUAGUAAGUAUAAUAGGAAGACUAGUAGUACCUACAAUAAGAAACUUGAUAAUACUUCUUGCGGAAAAACAAAAAAAUGCCGGUGGACAAUCGAUGAGCAAGAAGCUUUGACUGCUGAAUUUGGGGACAUUUCUUCAAUGGAAAAGUUGCCAUCUCUCAAGGAGUGCAUGAGGGUCGUGUCUGAAAAUGAAGUGCUAUGCUGCAGAACCCCAGCACAAGUAAAAACGUUUAUAGACAACAAAAGGAAAAAAGGCAAAAAAAUUAAGCAAUCUCUUCAACAAUAAUUUUCCAAAACCCUUUUCGGGUAGUUAUUUUACAAUGCAAUGCUGUUAAAUUAAUAUAUGCACAAUGUGCACUAAAUCUUGUAUUAAUUUCAUAUUGUAGAUACAAAAUAUUUUCCAUUAGGUCUUGUAGUAAAUUAUUAUACACAUUAUAAUAUAAUUAUAAAUGUAUACUUUUAUAAAAAAAAAUAAGUCAUAUAAUUUAAUACAAACCGCUUUAUUUAUAUACACGAAUAUAAAAACUUCAAAUGUUUAUUUAAAAUUAAGAGUGUAAUAA